UGUGAUCUGAGCCACAGAAAACCGAACAAAAGAUUCCUUGCCAACACACACCAAACCCAGCCCCGCCUAGACCUAACUUACUACUUGACGCUGCUGCUGCUCCUGCUUCGACGCACGACACCGAUACUCUACCUCCUUCGACACUUGACACCUCCUCCCCUUCAAUACCCUGACGAUCUCGACCACCGCGGCAAGGAAUCUUUCCCUUUGAAAGGACCUUCGAGAUCUUACUCUGCUAUACCUCACAUCCCCUUACCGGACGGUACAUCUUCACCCGCUUCCGUCUCUGGAUAAAUACUCCGACUCCGCCACCAUCUUCAGCUAUCUACUCCCCAGCAGCAAAGGAUCUGACCACCACCACCACCAACAACAACAACAGUAACAGAGUGAACAUGUCGGCAGACGAACGGAAAAUCGCUGAGCGGAUGCUCAUGACAGAGCUCAAAGAGCUACAGAAGGAGAACUGGGUCCACGCUGAGCCUAGGGAUGGAAACCUCUUCGUGUGGAACGUGGCGCUGCUGGUUGUGAACCCGACCAGCUUGUACUAUGGGGCGUAUCUGAAAGCCGAGCUCAAAAUGCCUAAGAACUACCCCAUGGCCCCCCCAGAGUUUCGCUUCAUCCGUCCGCUCUUCCAUCCCAACAUCUACAAGGACGGAAAGCUAUGCAUUUCGAUCCUCCAUACUCCUGGUGAUGAUGAAAUGUCAGGCGAGCUGGCUUCGGAACGCUGGUCCCCCGCUCAACGAAUCUUUACCGUCCUGAUCUCGAUCCUAUCGUUGCUCGACGACGCCGAAGUCUCGUCUGCCGCUAAUGUCGAUGCCUCCGUGAUGCUCCGUCGCGACCCCGACAAUUACAUGCGCAUCGUCAAGGAAAAUGUCGAGAACAGCAAGCGCGAUAUCCCCGAGGGGUUCGUGAUGCCCAGUCAUCACAACACGCCGCCGCCUAAGGAGGAGGUGGACGAUGAUUUCUGGUGCGAUAGCGAGAGCGACUUUGGCGGGACUGAUAGUGACGAGGACAUGGUGUUUGGUGAGCUUGGGAUCUGAAGCUUGUUGCGAGGCUAGUCACGCGGAUUGGAUGGUGUAAGCUGACUGUCUAUCCACCUAGAAGACGACGACGAUGAUGAGGAUGAUGAGUCCGACCCCGACGAGGGCGAUGAUCAGAAGCAGGAGCAGAAGUAGACUUCGACAGUCUGAUAGCACAAACUAAGGACACAAUUUGCUACAUGAUGUCAAGAUCUCUUUCUUUCUUUCUUUCAAACGGCAGUGUCCUUCUCUUGAGAAGGACAACGACGGGGGAUCUAUUACGUUUCUAGGCCGGACCACUCCCUCUGGCGACAUUCCUUCAGAAGAUUCAUCAUCCACUUAAGUUCCUUUAGUCUUGGUUUAGUUUUCUUUGUUUCCAGUUACUUCAUU